AUGGAAGAGGAGGAAGUGACAACUACUCUUAGUAUUUUCAGAGCAAGUGAUAAUGAACUCGAUUAUCACGUGGAUAUCAAGUCUCCUAAACUGUUCAAUCUACUUGUUGGCAAUGUCAGUAAUGGGGCUUCUUUUAGCGCUGCAGCUGCAAAUUGGCCAGUUUAG